AUGAAGAGGGAGGCGUCCUCUCUGAAGAGGGAAAUAAAGUCUCUUGAAUCAAAAAUAAAAAAACUGGAGGAUCAGGCCGAGGUUGCCACUAAAGCCCAAACUUUAGCUCUUGAGAAGGCCGAAUCCGCUGAGGCCGUUAAAAAAGUUGCUGAAGCUGAGAAAAGAGAGACCGAGGCUAAGAGGGCCCAAGCGGAGAAAGAACUCCAGCAAGCUCUGGCCACCAAGGAGGCCGAAAAGCUUGAUCUCCCUGUUGACUCGCCCCUUCGGAAUGCUGAUGCCAUCCCCUUACCAUUUCCUCCUCCAAGUCAGGCUGAAAACGAAUCAGAGACUGAGGCCGAUGUCGAGGAUGAGGAUGGAGAAAAAAAUGAAGAUGAAGCCUUGGUGAGGAGACCCAAGGAUGCUGUUGAAGCCAAGUCCCUUCCUCCUACUGAGCAAGUUAUGGAUCUAACCCUGGAUGAGGAGGGUGAUGAGGUUGGGGAGGCGCCUAAGGAGAUUGCCAUCGGGCAACUAUCAUCCGACCUUCUUUUGGCCGAAAGAAAUGUGGAUAAUACGCUGGCUGAGAUUGAUGCUGAGAUUGAAGCAGAAAGGGUUGCCGAGGAGGUUCCACCAGAAUCGUCCGAGGUCCCAGUCCCUGUAGCUGCUGAUACUGAAGAGUCUUGA